AUGUCCUGGUGGACUUUCUGUUCCCGCUCCUUCUCUGUGAGACCAUGUCUCCUCCUCUCCCUGUUUGCUUCACUGCUGGCCUUCUCGUGGAUCACGGUAGCCAACGGGAAGGCAUCCUACGCAGAAGAUGUCCGCAGAGUAUGUGGAUACGCCAGGUAUCCGCAACAGUGCGUUGACACCCUGCUUUCUAGACGUGAGCCAUCGUUCGGACAGGAUUUUGCUGGCGUUGCUUCCGUUCUUGUAGAGACGAUCAGAGAUGAGGUGACGCCGGGAGUUUCCAUGUCCUCCUCACUUGAGGCUGUGGAAAUAUCGGGAGCACGAGAGGCCAUAGGUAGGCGAUUUUUGCAAGGCCGUCAACUUUUACGUACUCGUGGUUACAAAAUUUACCUUAUAUAGGCCAGCAGAUAUCACGUACUGAUCCCUGUGGCAUGAACUUGCAGGUUACUGUAAUGAGCUCAUGGAAAUGUCCAUUAGAAGGCUCAAUCAGUCCCUGAAAGCGCUCGAGGUCGCACCUGUCAAGGACAAACAGAACAUCCAGACAUGGUUGAGCGCCGUAAUCACGUUUCAGGAAUCGUGCAAGGACUCCGUCAGCGAGCUACCCAGCGGGUUGUCAAAAGAGAUGACCAGCAAGAUGGAACACCUGGCCGUGCUAUCCAGUAACGCCCUCGCCCUUGCCAAUCGCAUCCCCGAGGAUGCGGAAACCCGGGGCUCCCGCCGCCACGUCUCUGAGCUGGAUUUUCCGACGUGGGUCUCCAAGGAGAAUCGUAAGCUCCUCGGUGGCGCCGACAUAAAGGCUACUGCGGUUGUGGCGGCCGACGGCUCUGGGGAUUACACCUCGAUAAGAGCCGCGCUUGCUGGCAGUUCUGGCGGUGGCCGAACUGUGAUCUUCCUGAAGGCAGGAGUAUACAGGGAGAAGCUCACUGUGAGCAGAGACGACGUGACGUUGGUGGGAGAUGGGAAGUACUCGACGAUCAUCAGCUUCGGUUCUAGCGCCGCCGGCGGCACGUCCAUGCCCGACACUGCAACUGUUGGUAGGUUAUCCGAACCCUUUCGUGGAUUCUGGUAGGAACAACAACAAAUGAUAAAGAUGUCUGUUUAUCGUUGCUUCUUUUUUCUUUUUUAUUUCAUAUAUAUCUUGGUUGCACGCAGUUUACUGGUCAACUCGUCAACCAUCCGCAGUUACUGUUCUAUUUCUCCAAGAUAUCGAUGACAACAGUUUAUGUUAAAAGUUUUAUUCGAGUAGAAUUCUGAAGGCGCAUCUUUUCCGCACAGAGGUUACAGUUUUGUUCUCAUCAUCCGGGGGAGUCACAUGUGUUUUCAGGCUUUUCAUUGCUAACGGCUACCGCGUAGUGAAUGACGUUCCCAUUUGUUCUAAAAUGGUCCAACCUGUAAUUGCAGCGGUCACGGGGGACCGAUUCAUUGCGAAGGACAUCGGGUUCGAGAACACGGCAGGCCCCGCUGGCGGCCAGGCCCUUGCCCUUAGGGUCAUUUCCGACCGCGCCGUCUUCUACCGUUGUAGCAUCCGGGGUUACCAGGACACGCUCUACGCCCAUUCUCUACGGCAGUUUUACCGGGAGUGCGACAUACAAGGCACCGUCGACUUCAUCUUCGGAAACGCAGCCGCCGUCUUCCAGAGCUGCAACCUGGUCUUCCGUCGGCCGAGAUCUGGGGGCUAUGACGUCAUGAUGGCCAACGGUCGGACGGACCCCGGCCAGAACACAGGGUUCGUUGCCCAGAAGUGCAACAUUCAAGCCGGCUCCGGCCUCUCGGGUAGCUCUUACCUUGGCCGUCCGUGGAAGCAGUACUCGAGGGCAGUCAUCAUUCAAUCUACCAUUGGCGGCUUCAUUAAUCCCAGAGGGUGGGCCGAGUGGUCCGGCGGAUUUGCCCUCCGCACGCUCUACUUCGCCGAGGGACUCAACCAGGGAUCGGGUGCCGGGACCUCGAACCGGGUUAACUGGCCCGGGUUCCACGCUAUUGGUUCCAGCGAGAGUUCCAAGUUCACCGUGUCAAAUUUCAUCCAAGGAACUUCAUGGAUUCCUUCGGGGGUGACUUAUCAACCCGGCCUCUAG